AACUUGAAACAAGAUUGUGAACUUACAACCGGCAGUGGCGCGACAUACGACGAUAUUCGUAUAAUUUCAGGAAAACGUUGUCGAGAUGUGAAUGAUGAAGAGGUAUCACAAAAAAGCGGAGUUCAACAAUUGUUGAUGGUUUCGAUG